AUGGCUGAUGGUUGGACAGAUACUAGACAUAGGUCAUUGAUUAAUUUCCUUGUUUAUUGUCCUAGGGGAAUGGUAUUUGUAAAAUCAGUUGAUGCCUUAGAGAUUGUGAAGAGUAGUAGAAACUUGUUUAAAUUGUUUGAUGAAGUAGUUACAUGGAUUGGUCCAAAAAACAUAGUUCACAUGGUUACUGAUAAUGCUUCCAUUUAUGUAUUUGCUGGUAAAUUGUUGUAUGAAAAGUAUAAAACUAUUAGUUGGUCUCCUUGUGCAGCACAUUGCCUGAAUCUUGUGUUGCAGGAUAUGGGAGACAUGCCUCAUGUGGAUAGACACAAAAAACGUACAUCCAAAGUUAUAGUUUUUAUUUAUAAUCAUGUGGCUUUGAUUGCUUGGUUGAGGAAUAGGCCUGGUUGGACAGAUAUUGUACAUCCGGGAGCAACAAGAUUUGCUACUACUUUCCUUUCAUUUGGAAGUAUUCAUGUGCAUAAGCAUGACUUGCAAGCCUUAGUGACUAGCAAGUUCUUUGUGGACAAUAGAUUGGCAAGAGAGUUAAAGGCAAAAGAAGUAGUUUCUAUCAUUUUGGAGAAUUCUUUUUGGGAUGAUAUUAAUGUUCUUGUCAAGAUUUCAUCGCCACUCAUUCGUUUGUUACAAAUUGUUGAUUCUGAUCAAAGGCCUGUAAUAGGAUAUGUGUAUGAGGGCAUGCAUAGAGCACAGUUGGGAAUCAAGAAGAUCUUCCGAAUGAAGAAGCACUUGUACAAGCCAUACACCUCAAUUAUAAAAAACCGUUGGGACAAACAUUUCCUUAAAGAUCUUCAUGCUGCUGCAAAUUGGUUAAAUCCCGCUUUUUAA